UCACAAGGUCCAUUCCAGAUGUCUCUCACUGUGCGCCAUGGUUUAAUGCUGGGAACAUGGUGGAAAAUCUCUGCGCGUGAGUUCUCCACAGUGCGCCAGGAAACAUUGGCAGCAAAGGUUGCAAAAUAUGCCGCCAAGAGGCCAAACCCGGUGAACAUUCAAAGUUGGAUGAGCGAAUUCGGGCAACCGAAGCAAUUGGCAGAGUUUUUGUGCCAUGAAAUGCCCAUCCGGUAUGCUGAACGAAUCCGGUGCAUUGAAACAAUCUCUGAGUGGAGACACGUGGAGGAACUCGCUGCCGUGCACGACAUCCAACUGAAUGCGUUUGAAACAUUUUCUCAACAGCAAAGGACUCAGUGGGAGGAUGCUUCACAGUUCAAGGCGAUGGUAGAGGAUGUGCAGUUGGAAGACAGACGAACCAAGUUUUUGCUGAUGCAGGCAGCUCAAAAGCUGCGGGCUCAACGCCAGAGCGACAGCUUUACUGACCCAUUUUCUCUCGAACUGAACAAGUUCUUAGAUGAUUUUCUCUUAAGCCGCUUGGGUUGCAACAUGCUCAUGGGUCAAUACCUGGCAUGCACUACCUCACGGUCCAGCAUAGUAAACCCACAGUGUGACGCCUUCGAAAUUUGUCAGAAGGCUGCGGACGAGGUGAAACGAAGGUGCCGCAAUUCUCAAGGCCGUGUGCCUUUGUUGAAUGUUCGGGCCUUUACGAUGUCUGGGCAAAUGGCAACUGAAGGCCACGUGCCACGCUUCUCUUACAUUCCAGGUAUUCUCAUGCACGUGGUGCGGGAGUUGCUGAAAAAUAGUUGUCAGGCAAGUCUGGAACUGGCCAAGUCAGAGGCUGAACUUGAGGAUAUGCCCAUUGAUGUCAUUGUCUGCGCCGACAAGCAACAUGUGGUGAUUCGAAUCACUGACUGUGCUCGGGGAAUUCCCAGACAUGUUGGAAGCAAGAUUUGGUCGUAUCUCUACAGCGGCAGCCCAACGGCGAUGACUGGACUAAGCUUCGGAUAUGGCAUUGGAUCCUGUUUCUAUUGUGGGAGACUUUUAUCCUUUUUUGGUGUUAAAGGUUUCGAGUUCAGAAAUCCAGUGACCCAAAUCCCUUUUUUUCCUCUCAUGGCAGCCUGGGAUGUCGCAGCGUGAGAGGACUUUUUCAUGAGCCAACCAUGAGAAAGAGCUGCUAUAUAAUCAUUGGAAGGGGGGUCAGUUUGCCUCCUCACCACCCUUGGGCAUGUGAAGGAUUGCCGCUGUCGCGACUGCAUGCGAGAUAUUUGGGCGGCUCUCUUGACCUUGUGUCCCUCCCAGGGUAUGGGGUCGAUGCAUAUCUGAGCCUACCCCGGGUCGAGACUGAUCUCGUGGAAACGAUCCCUGACAAUGUGGAGCAGGAUGCAACAGAAGUUUCGCAGCAGAUCAAUUUGCUCACUUUGUGAAGUGUCAACCACGAAGAUGAUCCGAUUGUAAGCGGAAUACCGAGAACACAUUUGGCAUUGGAUUAGGUUUGAUAGAUGUACAUAGAGAGCUCAGGCAGUGGCUCGCUCUUAAUCGGACUGAAGCCAAUGUGCCCAGC